AUGUUCCGCCCGGACAAUAUCCAGCGUCGCCAAGAGCUUGUCAAGCCUGACUUGCAAGACCUCACCGAGCGACCAAUCUCGGAUGAUGAUCUUUCUCUCAUCAGGCCACACAAUCUCACGAACCUCAUCUCCCUAAUGCACUGCCUUUUCUCGACCGACGCAGCCUCAGCUCCCCUACAUCGCCUCAGCCGAAGUUACCCAACACCACCCCGGCUCUCCGUCCUUCCCAAAAUCGACAAGCACCAACAAACAUCGGCACACCCGCACCACGGGCCGGACGGCACGGCGCCCGGCAGAGAAGAAGCGAAAAGCCACCCAGCACCACCCUACCAGCACUUCUACGAAGCGCUUCAUGGACAAGAGGCUAAGAGCCCAAUCGAACGCCUCAUCGCAACCCUCACCGCGUGGCGUUAG